AUGUCGAAAUAUGAAAAGCGUUUUAUUGGCGGUGGAGCUUUUGGGAAUGUUUUUGAAUUGGUUGGGCACAAUCCCCCAGCUGUGGUCAAAUAUAUCGCUUGCUUCCCUAAUGAGAAUCUCCUUACUUUUCAAAGAGAAUAUGACAUUUUACGGGGCUUAACUCACCCAAAUGUCGUCAAAGUUAUCGAGACUCAAAUCGUUGACGAUAAUCUUGGAAUCGUCAUGGAAUACUGUCAACAAGGGCCGUUAAAUGAGUUGGUAUUUGAUACGUUAAUAAUCUACACAAUGAGAACCGCUAUCGUUUGGGGAAGGCAACUUUUUGAUGCCAUUGAUUGUAUGUAUAGAAUUUAUCAUCUUGUUCAUCGAGACAUACAACUUGAAAAUAUUUUUGUGACUGACGAUUUUCGGAUGGUUUGGGGUGAAUACAAUGUUUCGGGCGCUUUUCACCGGGAUUAUUUCAUUGCCGAUAUAUCUACUGGAAAGCUAGCCCAACUGGAAAAGGCUAUUUGUCCAAAAGAUGUUCAGGAAAUCGUUGAGCGGUGGGUUUUGGAA